CGUCUACAUACACACACGCACUAGUCUUACAGCAUUAGUGACUGCAUGCGAGUGUGGGACAGACUCUACCCUCCCACGGCCGUUCUGCGCCAACAAGAAGGGGUUUAUUCAACGUCCCGCUGCUGAUUUGUUUGCCACUAACUGCGUAUCUACUCACGUCUUAGGAAUGCCAUGGCUACUCAGAAUAACCAGGAUUACUUCAGGUCGGUCAGCAGCGAGUCCACAACAUACAUGAUGGUUCCGGCAAACGGCCGUGGUCGAGACUCGCCGUCAAAGUUAUGGAUCGCAAUGGUCGUGAUCGUGGUGGUUGUGCUGCAAAUAGCCUCCACCACCGGACUCUUUGUCUACUUAAACAUGUCUUUAUCGCAGGUUAAGAGUCAGGGGGUUACAGAAGAGCUGCGGUGCCUGGGCUUGCUUAAUGCCCUGGAUAAAGACCGGGACAUUCCCGAAGACCUGGCCCAACUGUUUGGAGAGCCUUGCAUCAAACUAGCUGAGGGUAUCAAGGCCUAUAUUUCCAAGGUUACAGACAGUAUCAUCUCCAAACAGGCUUUACAUGAAGCAAGAGCCAUGCCCCAUUCAUAUAAUACAUCAGGGUCAAAGUUCAUGACCACAGUGACACAGAGGCCAUCAGCCCACCUGACCCUUGGCAGCCUACCAGUUGGCGCUCAGUACUCCACCCCUCAAGCAGACCUGCACCAGUCCUGCCGCCAUCCUGUACGUUCCUGGGCCAACCAGAGCUUCGGUGCCCAUCUACACAACAUGACACUGGCCAACGGGCGCCUUCGCGUACCCCAAGACGGUCGCUACUACCUGUACUCCCAAGUGUACUUCCGCUACCCCUCUCCCAGCGAGGGGGAUCAAAACAGCGUGAGCCACCAGCUGGUCCAAUGCAUCUAUAAGAAAACCUCCUACCUGAGGCCGAUUCAGCUGCUGAAGGGAGUGGGGACCAAAUGUUGGGCUCCAGAUGCAGAAUAUGCCCUUCACUCAGUGUACCAGGGCGGCCUGUUUGAGCUGCGAGCGGGCGACGAGGUCUUCGUGUCUGUCUCGUCUCCUACAAUGGUGUACGGCGAGGACUCUUCUAGCUAUUUCGGAGCUUUCCGUCUGGAUCUGUAAGAGCACAUCAGAGGAACUGGAUCGGGACUACAUUUACCCACUGGGUGGACCGUUUUGAGGCUGCGACCCAAAGAGAAAAGACUCAUUUCAUCGUUCAACUUUCCUUUCUUUAAUACUUUGAAUAUGUGAAGGAUGCAUGAAUGAGAGACAUUUCGGACAAGGUUAUUUCUUUUAUAGACAGAGGAAUGUAUGUAUAUUUCUACAAAUCACAUAAAAGAUGUGAAUCUUUGAAACGGUAGCAAAACAAUCGAGAGACAAAAACUCACACAAAGUGAAUCUGUGCCAAUGUUGUAUACAGUUUGAUGUGUGAACUACACUUGCUCUCGUCCGCUGGAGGGGAAUAUUUUUGUGUACAGUGGAUCUAAAACAGUUUAAAAAACAGAGAUAUGAGAAGAGAAUGAUGAUAGUGGGAAUGUGGAAAAAGAAAGAAAGAUGAGAGGGGAAGUAUGCAGCUCUACCAGCCUCAAAGGAGCAUCCUGGCAGGUUGCAGUACUGCGGAAUUCUCCCCAUCCUGUCGGACCAGCAGAGCAGCAUGCCCGGACAAGAAAAGGACCUAAAAAAGUUCACACGCACAUAUAAACACAGAGGAAUCCAGCUUGUUGCAUUUGAAAACACUCAUACUCCUGAGUAUUUAUGGCUUCCACACAUGAAGAACACAGCGAUAAGAUAAAAACACAUACGUUUAGUCUCAGACACAAAUCACUUUUACAAGUCUCCCUCUGCUGUCUGGUCCGGGGUGCAGGAGGAAGUACUGUCAGGGAAAGACACGUGCUCCCCUGCUCACAUGGUCCCGGCCAAACGAAAGGUUAAAUAAACACUACGAUACACAGUUUGUUGAAAUGUCGCACCCAUAUAAUGCUUUGUUUUUUCUAGCAUUGCACACACAUACAAAACACACCCUACGUGCCCUGAAAAACCCUUUUCUGAUAAGUGGUGCUUCAUACUUCCAUCUCUUUCUCUAUGUGGUUGGUUGGUUCAACCUGUGUAUAUAUUGUAUUUAAUUCAGAAUCAUGAGGUUUGGAAUUAAAUGUAUGAGCGUUGUGAUGUUCUUGCAUGAAAAUCCCACAAAAUGGGCCUCCCGCUGAUGACGUGUAAAAGCCGUGACGCUCUCCAAAUGAAACGACACUGUGAAUCUUAAUACAAGCCUGUUUUUUCUGAGGAAAAAGUGUUUGUUUGAAGGAGGAGAGGGUGGGGGUGAUUACUCUCCACUGUAAAUGAUCAAGUGCUGUCACAAUGGUGUAUCUGAGAGCAAGCGCAAACACUCGCUUGGGUUUCAUUGUAAACCACAAGCGUGUUUUCUUCUCUCUGGACUCUGCCCCAGUUUUUACUGAUAAAGUCAGUAAGGAAAAGGGCCCCUGCCAAGACAGUGCCUUAAAUCACAUUAUACAGCGAGAGUGAUUGAGCCAAGACGUUUGGUGGCAUUUAGCUAUGGACAUAAUGUUAGUUAUACCACACAUUACAAAACUUCAUUCCGCCUGACUCUUAUCAGCAAUUUGUCUGGAUUCAGAAACUUGGACGUUGAUUUAAUCCAGAGGGGGAGAACAAGUUAUUCUUCUGCAGGUUAAUGCUUUUGGUGCCAAUUCCUCAUCUUUUGACUGGUAUAACAUGCUGCAAUGCCAAAAUGUCCCCAUACAGGGUGCCUUUUUAGGUGUAGAGAAUGUGACAUCAGAUACCACUAGGUUUUGUAUGUGUAAAUGUGCCUUUAGGUUGUCAUUAUGCACUGAUCUGAGAACACUAACUUUUUUUCAUGUUAAGGAAGGUUCAAAGCAGGUUUUAGAUCAGUGUUGAAGUCAUAUAUUACCUGAUCAAUGCUUAGAACCCAUCAUUAACCGCAUAAUUUCGCAGCCCAGUGAGACCUUGUACAUCAUCCACCUAAUGAAAAAUGGUCAUCAUUUACUCACUCUCAUGUUCUUCCAAACUGGUAUGACUUUCUUCUGUGGAACACAUCAUACUGCCUUGACUUUCACUGUUUAAAAAAACAUUCUUUAAAAUGUCUUCUGUGUUCUGCAGAAGAAAAAAUGUCAUACAGGUUUGUAACAAAAUUAGGGAAAAGAAAUUAAAGAAUUCCCAUUUUUGGACUUUGUGAACUUUCCCCAAAGGACUCUGGAUAAUCCCACUAAUUCACACUAACUGAGCUUAUUAUCCCAGUCAAUCUGCUCUGGCCUGUCCAGGGUCUUGUGCGAGUGUGCACAUAUGUAAACAAGUUGAAAUAUGUACCUAUCUGUACAACAUGGAGGUUGUAGUGGGGUGAGGGGUGGCCAGGAAAGAGAAAUAUGGCUGAAUUCCAUCGGAUCUAGACGUAUUACAGCAUGACCUCUGAACCACAAAGAACCACAAUGUGAACACAGAAGACAAAUGUAUGUUAGGUGCGUAUAUACGCGAGUGUGUUUUUUUAUUAAUUGCUUGACUGGUUUCUAAAACAGUGGAUAUGAUGCUUUGCAUACUUACUAUAAAUCUCACUGAGUUCUGUGUAGACUUUAUGGGACUGCUGUGAAAAAAUUAAGGGGGGGCAGAACAGAGUGAAAUCCAGUGAGCAACAUGAACUGUCAGUUAAUAACAAAAAGACAAUUGUGUUUCCUUUUCCAGCAAGAGUUUUUUUUUUUUUUUUCCUUGGGAUUGUUAAAUUCUCUGACCACCGAUCUGUGGGACUGUUUAUCAUUUAAAGAAAGACGUUAUGCACUGUUUACCAAUGUUGCGUCUCCAUCUUGGUAAGAAUAUACUGAUAUCUCUCACGCUGUCCCUCUUUAUUGUAUAAUUUUAAAAUGUCUGAUCUGUGUCGUAAAAACAGAAGUUUGAGGUGUCAUUUUUAACAAUUAAAGUGCCUUUUUUCAA